UUUACUCCGACCAUUGCAGCCAAUGCAAAUGUCACAGCAAUGGACGUAACUCCACCUCCAAAUGCUGAAAAAGAUGACAGAAAUACGCCCAGAAGUGUAAGUAGAACUAACGUCCCUGUAAAAUUCAAAUUGUCAUUGAUUUCUGAAGUGAAGAAACAUGACAUUGUCUGGCAAGACCGGAAACAGAAGAAGAAUACUGAUCUGUUGGAAGACGCCUGGCAGAAGAUCCGUAAGGCGCUUUGCGUGAAAAAAACGGGGUUCUGCGAGAAGCAAUGGAAGCUGCUGUGCCACGCAUACCGGAGCCACAUCAACAGGAACACGCCCAUGCAUGUAGACCUCAGCAGGGAGAUGGCUUUUAUGGCGCCGCAGCUAAAAAAAGCAUCUUCUGACAUCGAACCGUCAGACAAUGAAGGAGAACCCGGGUCACCGGUCAGAAACAAAGCUCCACAACAAAAUCAAACUCCAAAACCAAAGAAGGUCGCGCAACAGAACAGUUCGGGUUCAGACACCGAGUGCAGCGAGGACGAGCGAGCGUCGGUGGCCAUACUCAAGUUGCUGUUCGCGAGUGUACCGCCUGACACCAUGCGAACGUUGAAGCAGUCGCUCGUCGAGACGCUUAAUAAAAUUGCGCCGGAAGUGCAGACCAAAAUAUUGAACCACGCCAAAGAGCAGCUAGCGAAGUGCGGAGACUUCAGCAAAAUCGACUGGACGACGCUCGACGUACCUGUGGAAGUCAGCAAAGCCGUUUGGGAGCACAAAGUUAUGAAAAUAGUACUUACGGACUAAUUAUAAAAGAUACCUAUACUUAGGUACAUUUUAUACACCCUGUCCAAUAAGUUCGAAUACACAUCUUUUUACCUUGGCUCUAAAGACAUACUAGUCGAGCACUAGUACGUUUAUCUUAGUAAGUAUUCGUACUUACAUUUAUUUUAUUCAAUAUUUAUACUGUA